GUUUUAGGGGGGAAAUUGUGUUGCCGUUUCGGGUACUUUGCAUCGCAUCCCACUACAUCCCGCGUCGCAUGAUAAUCCCAGUUCCCAAUUGCGCUCGUGCGCUUCCGGUGUUGGCCUGAAUCGUGAUAGGAUUCAAAUCGGCGGUCGGCAACAAGAAAAAGAAAGAUUAGGGAAAUCAAUCAAGAAACUCAGAACCGUCCGUCCGUCCGGCGGGAAAUCAAUCAAAUCGGAGCCGCCGACGCUGUCGAAGUGAGAAGAAGAGAGGAAAGGAAGGCCGCCUUCUUUCCUUCACGUAAUAAUCUCUUGGUCGGUGUCGGAGGGCGGGCGGAGCCAUUCGUUUCUCUUUUCUUUUGGAAGAAUUCCCCUCGUCUCGUGGAUCCCCUGUCGUGCCUGCGGGAUCCGUGAUUGGUCCGGGGUUGGCGAACCUCGGGUUUUCUCUCUCCCUCUUGGUCUCUCCGCGGUCGUCAUCAGGCGGUCUCCACACCCCGCCCGCCAGCAGGCCGUAGCUGCUACUGCGAGAGAGGAGCAAAGGUGUGUCGGUCGGUUGGGUCUCGUCUAUCCUCCUCCUGCUCAUCGCUUUCUCCUCCUUUGCUGCGGCGCUCAUAAAGCACCCUAUCCUCCUCUUCCUCCUCUUCCCCCGGUGGUUCUGCUUUCUUCUAGGGGUUGGGUUUCGCUCCUCGAUUGGGAACUGCCAGAACGUGGAGAGGGCGUUCGGUCUAUCUCCGGCUAGGGUUUGGGCUCUUCCACUUUAUCUUUCUCCCUCUUCCUCUUUUUACGCCGAAUUUUGAUCUCCCUUCUAUUUUCCAUGUACUUGAAUACGGUCACUUUGACAUCCAACUGCGGCCUUAGAUGGUUAGGUGAUCAUCACCUUCCCAAGCCCUUGUUCUCGUGCCUUAGUUUAUUCCUGACUAUUGUUUUUCACUUCCUAUUUGCUACAACUGCUUUUUGCUAUCGCGUUGUUUCCUUCGCUGACAUGAUAACUGAUGGUAGGAGUCAGUCAUUAGACUGUUGAAUUGAGGGUAUUUGAUGAUCGUAAUCGUCCUGAAAACAGCCGGUCAAUGUCCUAAGUUGCAAGUGGACUUAAAAUACUUGAGAACAGAAGGAGGAGGAGGAGGAGGAGGAGGAGGGCAAGAAGAAAAAAGAGAUCUUUGUGAUUUCUUCCUUUUCUUUUCCCGUUAAUUCUUUACUCGUUUUACCUCUUUAUCUUCCUUCUACUAGUCGGGACAUCGAUCAGAUUACAUUUCCUUGUCCAAAAGAGCUAGAUGACAUGAGAAAGAAAAGGUGAUAGGCUUCGCUUUUGGUGACUGGAAUCAUGAGGCUGAUCCUCUCUGGUUUGCUUCCAUUUAAUAUGCUAUGAUUGGUGCGGGGUUCUUGAAGUUUGGAUUCUCAAGCCAUAAGUGUCGACACACAUUCUCUAUAGAUACAGGGGAAGACGAUGAAUGUACGUGCGCAUAUUUCAGGACAGAUGACAAAUCAAGCAAGAUCACAAUUGUCUGGUUUGUCCCAGCACAAUGGCAACCCUUUACAUUCCCAGAUACAGAAUCUAGGACCUCUUAGCAUGGAUCCCGAACUUCUGGCAGGACGCAAAGCUAUGCGUGACAAGAUUUACGAUUACCUUGGAAGAAGAAAUCAUCCCUCUUCCGGUGAUUGGCUGCAUAGAUUACCAGAACUUGCAAGGCGGUUGGAAGAGUGCAUAUUCAAGGAUGCUGCUACAAAGGAAGAUUACAUGAGUAUGGUGAUGGAGCCAGUUGAGCACCAUUUGCAAUUGAUAAUGAGGAGUUUACCAAACCACAGCCCUUUGUUGCAUAAUUUCACUUCUUCCUCUUCUCUCAAUACAAUGGUUCCAACACCUGGUACACCCCAUAAUGGCGGCACAAAUUCUGGAGUUUCUUGUGCAGCAGAAAACUCUGCUAUUACAGCCAGUAGUGCUGGUAUAGGCAUUGCCAACAUGGGUAACUUACUACCAACUGGAAAUGGCUUAACUGAUAGUGCCUCCUUCAAUGCAUCCAGAGGACCAAUAUCUAAUGGGUACCAGCACCCACCUGCCAAUGCUGCCUUUGGUUCUGGUGGAAACAGUAUAUCAAUGGCUUCAAUGGGUAUCCCACGACAACUAAGUCAAAUGGUACCAUCUCCUGGGUUUAGUAAUCUACAGGCAGUGUCCAUGAACUCUGGAUGCUCCAGUGGAAUUGGGCUUUCCAGCAUUGAGUCCAGUGUGGCUCCACUGUCACAACAACCGAAGCAGUAUGUUGGAAGUCAAAACAGCCAUAUAUUGCAUAGUAUUGGAGGCCAAAUUGGUGCUGCAGUGAGGUCUAAUUUGCAGCAGAAGCCUUCAGUGUAUGGGUUUACAAAUGGACUUGUGAAUGGUGGGUUAGGGUUAAUUGGGAGUAACAUGCAGCUGGGAAAUGGGCUCGUGGCAUCAGAGGGCCACAUUAGUACAGCUCAUCAUGGUAGCUCUCCAAAACCUAUACCGCAGCACUUUGAUCAGCAACAUCACCGACAAAGGAUCCCAACAUCAUUGUCCCAGCGUAUGUUACCAAUGGCAGGGGAUGGUUAUGCAGUGAAGGGAACUGAUUUAGCUGGUUCUGGGAGCAUUUAUGGACCUAGGUCAUCCACUUCAUCUGCCACAAAUAACCUGAAUAUGAAUACUGCAGGCUUGCACUCGAAGUCAAGAAUAAAUUCAGCUUUGCUAACCAAUCAUGCAAGUUUGCAGUCAAUGCAACAGCUUCCACAUAUAAGACCUCAAAUGUUGGAUCAUUCACAAAAGGUGAACUUCCAGUCCAAUCAGCCCACACAUGAAAAUUUACUGCAAUCACAACAACAAAUGCAGCAAAUUAAGCAACAGCCUAAUCAGCCUUAUGCACAGUUUGCUCAAAAUCAACAUCAGCUACAACAGCAUCAAGAAAGCCAGCAGCAGCAACAGCUUGUGCUAAAGAAUGAUACCUUGAGGCAGUUUUCAAUGCCUUCCGAUCUCUAUGGACAGCUAAUGCCCAAACAUGCAGUUGUAUCCCUUAAUGAAUCAUUGCUUCCACAAGGCACGGAACAAAUUCACCUUCCAGAGUUAGAGAGUCAAAACCUGCAGUCUGCUGAUGAUCAUCUGAAAAGUGCUCAAUGGCCAGGUCGUUUAUCUGGCUCUCAGGGUCUUCAUGCCUCAUUGUCACAGGGUUCACAGCAAUUAUUGCAUCCACACCAGCAGGAUGAUAAGUUUCAGAAUGAGAUUAGUUGCCUUUCUGGUAGAUCACAACCAGAGGUGCUCGUGCCGGUUCAAUGGCAACCCCGAUCAUUGAUGAUAAACCACAUGCCGGAUAAGUCUUCAGUUGAACAACACAUCCAGGAGGAACUUCAGCAGAGAUCAGCGGGACAAGAUGAAGCUCAACGACCUCAUAUAUCAUCAGAGGGGUGUCUCGCCAGUUUUGCUGCUCCAGCAGUAAGUGCUACAGUGCCACAAUAUUCGAGAGGAGUGACCUGUGGACCUGAAAACUUUACACAAAAACGAAAUUAUCUCAACCAGCUGAGGUGGCUGUUGUUUUUGUACCAUGCUCGUUGGUGUUCAGCUCCGCAAGGAAAAUGUCAAGAACCUUACUGCAUAAAAGCUCAAGAUCUAGUGAAGCAUAUGGAUAAAUGUGAUAGGAAAGAAUGUCCAUACCCACGCUGCUCAGUUUCUAAGAGACUUGCUAAUCAUUUCCGUAAUUGUGAAGCAACAAAUUGUCCUGUCUGUAUUCCUGUACGUGAAUAUAUAGUAUCAAAUCGACAGGCACGUGCUCAUUCUCUACCUGAUUCUGGUUUGGUGAGCCAGACUCAUGGCUCAUGUAAAGGUAUCAAUGUGUCAGAAGCUGAGAGAAUGAAGAGAGACAAAACAGCUGUUGAAACUUCCGAUGAUCACCAUUCUUUGCUGAAACGCAUGAGAGUGCAACAUAUAUCCCCUUCUGUUGUUCCUAAGAGUGAAUUUUCUCCUAUUUGUGUUCCUCCAAACCAACCCCAUGCCUCGCAAGUAGAACAGGCACAAGAAUGUGAACAGACUGAUGUGACAAUGUCUACUAAUUCUGAGGUUAUAGGAGGGAAAAUGGAUACAUUAAUGGGCUCUGUGCAUGAAGAUUCAUCCAUGUUUGGCAAUGGUAUCAAUGGGAAUGUGCGUACUAUGAGACCUGAUAUAGAUCAUGGUGUCUCAAAUGAUGUUGAUGGUCAUGCCAAGCAAGAAGCUUUGGUGGUUCUAAAAGAGGUUGACCAAGCUAAGACUGAAGUUAAGCAGGAAGCAAAUGAUCCACAAACAGAUCCAAUGGCUGGAACUAAAUCAGGGAAGCCAAAGAUAAAAGGUGUUUCAUUAACUGAGCUGUUCACUCCAGAACAAGUUAGGAAGCAUAUUGUUAGUCUGAGGCAAUGGAUUGGUCAGAACUCGUUGAAUUUUUGCUUGCAGAGUAAGGCCAAGGCUGAAAAGAAUCAAGCAAUGGAACAUUCAAUGAGUGAGAACUCAUGCCAGCUGUGUGCAGUGGAAAAGCUUAACUUUGAACCUCCUCCAAUAUAUUGUACACCAUGUGGUGCUCGCAUAAAGCGGAAUGCAAUGUAUUAUACCAUUGGAAGUGGUGAAACCCGACAUUACUUCUGUAUUCCAUGCUAUAAUGAGGCUCGUGGUGAAACUAUUGAGGUGGAUGGUUCACAACUCCAGAAGGCAAAGCUUGAGAAGAAGAGAAAUGAUGAGGAAGCUGAAGAAUGGUGGGUUCAGUGUGAUAAAUGUGAAGCUUGGCAACAUCAGAUAUGUGCUCUUUUUAAUGGCCGUAGAAAUGAUGGUGGACUGGCAGAAUACACUUGCCCUAAUUGCUACAUAGAGGAGAUUGAAAGAGGUGAGCGCAAGCCCUUGCCACAGAGUGCUGUUCUGGGUGCCAAAGAUCUGCCAAGAACUAUACUUAGUGAUCACAUAGAACAAAGGCUUUUUAGGUGUCUGAAGCAAGAGAGGCAAGAGAGAGCACGGCAUCUUGGAAAAAAUGUUGAUGAGGUUCCUGGGGCAGAAGGACUUGUGAUUAGAGUUGUAUCAUCAGUUGACAAAAAAUUGGAAGUGAAGCAACGAUUUUUGGAAAUAUUCCAGGAUGAGAAUUACCCAACAGAAUUUUCUUAUAAGUCCAAGUCUAUAUUGUUGUUUCAGAAGAUAGAAGGUGUAGAAGUAUGCCUUUUUGGCAUGUAUGUUCAAGAAUUUGGUUCAGAAUGCCCUUUCCCCAACCAGAGGCGUGUUUAUCUUUCAUAUCUGGACUCUGUCAAAUACUUCAGGCCUGAGAUAAAAACAGUGACUGGGGAAGCUCUACGCACUUUUGUUUAUCAUGAAAUUCUGAUAGGAUAUCUUGAAUACUGCAAGAAACGGGGCUUCACAAGCUGCUACAUUUGGGCUUGUCCUCCUUUGAAAGGUGAAGACUAUAUCUUAUAUUGCCAUCCGGAGAUUCAGAAGACCCCAAAAUCUGACAAGCUUCGGGAGUGGUAUUUAUCUAUGCUUCGGAAAGCUGCAAAGGAAAAUCUUGUUGUUGAUCUCACUAAUUUAUAUGAUCAUUUUUUUGUUACUCUGGGGGAAUGUAAGGCUAAAGUAACUGCAGCUCGUUUGCCAUAUUUUGAUGGAGACUAUUGGCCAGGUGCAGCAGAGGAUAUGAUAAAUCAACUUCGCCAAGAAGAAGAUGAUAGAAAACAACAGAAGAAAGGAAAAAUUAAGAAGAGUAUCACAAAAAGGGCUUUAAAAGCUGCCGGUCAGGCUGAUCUCAGUUCUAAGGAUGCUUUGUUAAUGCAAAAACUUGGUGAAACUAUCUGUCCUAUGAAGGAAGAUUUUAUCAUGGUUCAUUUGCAGCAUUGUUGCACUCAUUGUUGCCUACUUAUGGUGUCUGGGACACGUUGGGUUUGCAACCAAUGCAAAAAUUUCCAACUUUGUGAUAAGUGUCAUGAUGCAGAGCAAAGGCUUGAGGAGAGGGAGAAGCAUCCAAUUAAUAGUAGGGAGAAGCAUGUGCUCUGUCCAGUUGAAAUUAAUGAUGUUCCCCUGGAUACCAAGGACAAAGAUGAGAUCCUAGAAAGUGAGUUUUUCGACACCAGGCAGGCAUUCUUGAGCCUUUGUCAGGGAAACCAUUAUCAAUAUGACACUCUACGCCGAGCCAAGCAUUCUUCAAUGAUGGUCUUAUAUCACCUUCAUAAUCCUACUGCACCCGCCUUCGUCACCACAUGCAAUGUCUGCCAUCAUGACAUCGAAGCUGGUCAGGGCUGGCGAUGCGAAAUUUGUCCUGAUUUUGAUGUAUGCAAUACUUGUUAUCAGAAGGAAGUAGGUAUUGAUCAUCCCCAUAAAUUGACAAAUCAUCCAUCAAUGGUAGAUCAGAAUGCUCAAAAUAAAGAAGCUCGACAGCAACGGGUUUUGCAGCUUAGGAAAAUGCUAGAUCUUUUGGUGCAUGCUUCACAGUGUCGUUUUCCACACUGUCAAUAUCCAAAUUGCCGUAAAGUCAAGGGACUUUUCCGUCAUGGUAUGUACUGCAAGACACGUGCUUCAGGAGGCUGUGUUCUGUGCAAGAAAAUGUGGUAUCUUCUUCAACUCCAUGCUCGAGCUUGUAAGGAAUCAGAAUGUAGUGUACCACGGUGCCGGGAUUUGAAAGAACAUUUGCGAAGGUUGCAGCAGCAGUCUGAUUCCAGGCGGAGGGCUGCAGUGAUGGAGAUGAUGAGGCAACGGGCUGCUGAAGUUGCUGAGAACAAUGGAUGACCUACCGUACAGAUGGGCUUCUCUAGUUGGAAGUUGGAAGGAGACUGCUGGUUGCUCACCCCAAACAUUUGACUGGUCUGGACAAGCAGCUGAUAGGGAGGCAGCAGAGCUAUGAAUUGGUGGAAACACAUGGAUCAAACACAAUUAUGGGAAUUUGGUCUUCCACCAGCUUUUCUGUGAUCCAGAGAUGGAUUGAUGACUUGGCAUCGUCUUCAAAGCUAACCAUAUUGAGCUGAACUUUUUAAGGUUAUUGGUCAGUCUCAUCCCGACCGGGGUAAUUCUUUAAUUGGUCUUAUAUGAAUCCCAUCAUCUGUUGGUGAUGGUUGUAUAAUAGAUGUCCAAAUAUGUCAAUAAUCAGUAAAAGUGAGGGUUGUUUUUGUUUCCAUCCCUUUAUUUAUGUCUUCAUCUGGAGGGAGGGAGAACAGAUGGACAGCCCAUGCAGUUGUUACGCCUGUCCCAUUUUGUAGAAUGUAUGUCUGUUUGAAAAUGAAAAAAAUAAUCUGUUUCAGCAGCAUUA